GUGUGUUUGAAAGCGAGGCCAAAGAGGGUGGGGACGCGUGUCGCUUAGGAGUUUGGAGGCUGGUGGUGUGGGUUUGAAGGCCGGCAAACAGAGCGACCAUGUCUCAUAAACAAAUUUAUUAUUCGGACAAAUACGACGACGAGGAGUUUGAAUACAGGCAUGUCAUGUUGCCCAAGGAUAUAGCCAAGCUGGUCCCUAAAACCCACUUGAUGUCUGAAUCUGAAUGGAGAAAUCUUGGUGUUCAGCAGAGUCAAGGAUGGGUCCAUUAUAUGAUCCAUGAACCAGAGCCGCACAUCUUGCUGUUCCGACGGCCACUACCCAAGAAACCAAACAAAUGAAGCUGGCAAGUUACCUUUCAGCCACAAGCUUUCCACAGCUGUCCUUCCUGCCUGACAUCUUUCUGAUAAUAUGAUUAUGUUGCCUUCUCAUUUCUCACUUUGAUAUUUAAAAGAUGUUCAAUACACUGUGCUGGUGACUGCCUUGCUUUGCUUCUUGAGUAGAGCCACCACCACCACAGCCCUGUCAUGUGAGUCUCUGUGGGUUGCAGUUUCAGCAGAGAGUGACCCUAGAAGCCACGGUGUGCUCUGUUUCCAGCAGAACACACCUGACAGGUGGAAGAAGCAUCUAAGAAGCAGACCGUGGCUUUUAUGGGGAUUGUGUAGACUUGUUAUUUUGUGUUUUCCUGCUGGGUAUUAUAUGUAUGGUGAUUUAUGGAUUUGUGUUUCAAUGUAUUAAGAAUUUUCCAUUUUAUUUGAGAAAUUUGUUCAAUGUUAAAGCCUUGAUUAAAGAAUUUUUAUAAUCUGAUUCAGUGAUUUUUUUUUUCCCCCUACUUGCAAGUUGACAAUCACUUUAUAUUGUGGUUCUAAUUAUAUGCCCUUCAGUUUGAUGGUGAAACUCAGCUAUUUGGGAUAAUGAAGUUUAUUUGAACCUGG